AUGCGCAGCGAAGGCUCCAAAAUGCAAAGCGACACGCCAGACCCCCAGCAAUUCUUCACACCCGCGCCUACCCCACCGGUCAACACCACUGCGCCUGAGACAAAUGCGAUGCAGACUCCCAAGACAUACAGACGGAAGAGGCCACCCACGACGUCGCGCAGUCUUACCGUCUUUGAGCCUCGGCUCUUCGCUGUCAUGCCCGAAGCCGCGGCCAGCGAGCUCAUCAACACUAUGCGCUUGAUUCUCACGAGAGGCGGCCAGAAGAAGCACUUGCUGGAAUUGUGGUCGCAGAGAAUCAAAGAUAUUCUCCAGAGGCUGGACAACCGCGAGGUAGUUAGGGUGUAUAACGAGUUUGCGACUGCGCAUGAUCAUCGGGAAGAGAGGUUGACGUACAAGCUGCCGGUGGUCCAAGAAUUGGAAGAGGAGAAAGAAGAGGCGGAGAAGGUCGAUGAAGCGCACGACGAUAUCGGGACCCAUGGCAGGCUUAAAAGGUCUGUGGGAGAAGAUGCUGCUGCCGACAACGCACUGCAAAAGAAAGUCAGAUUCGAAGUCGCACAAGACCCUGAUGUCGCCAUGGGAGGCAUACCUUCACCGAGAAUCUUGAUUCCUUCUGCGAUUGAACAUGCCGAGCCAAAGACAGCGAUGUCGCCUUCACCCACAUCGCCGGUACCACCACCUUCUCCAUCCGUUUCCGCAGGCGUCGCAUGCGAAAGACACCCUCACGGCACCUGCACGGUCGUACGAGUCCAUGGUUUCGAAGCCUUUCCCGUCUUGAAUAUCCAGGAAAUCCAAGCCGACUAUUAUGGGAGCGCCAGCAUCGUUGCCAUGUGCGUGCACCGCAGAAACAACAACCACGUCACCCAAGUAGCAGCAAGUAUGGAUAAUGGGCCAGUCGACUUCCUUCUCAUCAACGACCCGCGCAUCAUUGAGUUCCUCGGUUUCCGUGAGCCACCAUACAACACCCUCUGCAUCCAACCCAACCCUCGUCUAGAUGAGACAUACCAGAUACAUGUCCAGCCAGGCCGUGCAUCGCGCGACCCAAACUCUUGGCUUGUUGGCGAGUUGGUAUCGGCGCGCCAUGCGUAUCUAUACUGGUUGGACAGCAGGCAGGCCGCAGACCCGAAAGCUCCACCUACUAUCGCGGAAGCUAAGAUCCUGGCCCCCAAGAUAGGUCGCCGAGCUAAAGAUGUAUGGGAAGAGAUUGAGAAGUGUUGGAAGCUUGAGCAGGGUAGUAAUGGGAAGCGUUACAGAGAGAACAGGAUGGAGUACUUAGGGGAGGAUCCAAGGUAUCUCGAGAGAGGAGAUUGCAGAUUGGGGAGGAGUAUGUGGGUGUAG